UGUAGCUUUCCAACUUUUGACUAUAAUAGGCUCCAGCUCCGGCCAUAAUCGAGCAUGUGCUGCUAACUGCUCCAUUCAAUCUUGCUCGUCGGAUAGUUUAUUAUGUCAGAUAUCUUGAACUUGGCUGCCAAGCUGCCGCGCUUGUCUCACAUGAGAUUCUUUACUCCACUUGACCCAGGCACGCUGAAAUUGACUGGUUGAGAGGCACGUUCAGUUCAGCUUGGCUGCCAAGCGAGUGCCUCUGUUUCCUCUUGGUUUCCAGUGGCGGGCCUCUACAAUAAUGAUGAGAGCCAGCCAGAGCGUGAGAUUUCUAGCAUGUUGCCAGCCAUGGAGGAGCCCCUUGUUGGGGGCAAGAGCAACACUGAGGAGAGAGGAGGGCCAAAGGAGAGCUUGGUGGUGACUGAGGUUAAGAAGCAGCUGUACCUCGCCGGGCCUCUCAUCGCCGGAUGCCUGCUGCAGAACGUCGUGCAGAUGAUAUCGGUCAUGUUCGUCGGCCAUCUCGGCGAGCUUGCUCUCUCGAGUGCCUCUAUCGCCACCUCCUUUGCGAAUGUCACCGGCUUCAGCUUGAUGUCUGGCAUGGCGAGCAGCUUGGACACACUGUGUGGGCAAGCCUUCGGGGCAAAACGGUACCAUCUGCUCGGCAUCUACAAGCAGAGGGCGAUCCUUGUGCUCACUCUGGUGGGCGUUGUGGUUGCGGUGCUCUGGGCGUACACCGGGCAGAUCCUCCUGCUCUUCGGCCAGGACCCUGAGAUUGCCAUGGGGGCAGGGAGCUACAUCCGGUGGAUGAUUCCGGCACUGUUCGCUUACGGACUGCUGCAGUGCCACGUCCGAUUCCUCCAGACACAAAGCAUCGUGCUCCCGGUGAUGGCGAGCGCAGGUCUCACGGCGCUGAGCCACGUGCUUGUGUGCUGGUUGCUGGUGUACAAGCUUGGACUGGGCAACAAGGGCGCUGCGCUGGCCAAUGCUGUCUCGUACCUGGCCAAUGUGUCAAUCUUGGCUCUCUACAUCAGGGUCUCUCCAUCCUGCAAGAGCACCUGGACAGGGCUCUCAAAGGAGGCGUUUCACGACAUCGUCAGCUUCAUGAAGCUUGCCCUGCCAUCUGCGCUCAUGGUUUGCUUAGAGUGGUGGUCGUUUGAGCUGCUGGUACUUCUCUCCGGACUUCUCGCAAAUCCUAAGCUCGAGGCAUCGGUGUUGUCCAUUUGCUUAAACACGGCUUCAUUAACAUUCAUGAUCCCCUUCGGCCUUGGGGCAGCCAUAAGCACCCGUGUUUCAAACGAGCUUGGUGCUGGGCGACCUGAAGCUGCCCGUCUGGCUACUCGUGUGACCAUGGUUCUGGGUCUCGUGACAGGUGUGUCGUUAGGACUUAUUAUGAUCUCGGUGCGCAAUCUAUGGGGGUAUGCGUACAGCAACGAGAAGGAGGUGGUGGAGUACAUUGCGAGAAUGAUGCCGCUUCUUUCCGUGUCGAUCAUUUUCGACGAUAUGCAAUGUGUUCUUUCAGGUGUUGUUAGGGGCUGUGGCCUGCAAAGGAUUGGAGCUUGUGUCAAUCUCAGCGCAUACUACCUUGUCGGCAUCCCAGCGGCGCUAUGCUUUGCCUUUGUCUUCCAUCUUGGCGGAAUGGGGCUGUGGUUCGGUAUAAUCUGUGGAUUAAUCGUGCAGAUGCUGCUGCUGCUGGCCAUCACCAUGCGCACGAACUGGGACAAAGAGGCUCUCAAGGCAAAGGAUAGGGUUUUCAGUUCGUCCCUACCUCUGGACGUGUCGACAUGAAGAUGGAACAAGAUGCACAGUUGCUCUUGGCCAGGACCAGGGCGCUGACUGGGCAAAGGAGACGAGGAACUCGUCAAGAAUUAAUUGGUCAUCGCUUAGUCUCCAUGUCAACAGCAUGGCGCUUCCUCGAAGGAAACGUCACCCGAUGAAUGAUCUGUUUUGGUGACUUUUGGUCGAAGACGUGAGAUAGAAUUAUAGAAAUAGAAUGGAUGUUUUCACAGGCAAAGGCAUGGCACUCAGUCGAUACGGUAUGGAUGCAACAUUUUCUUUUUGAGAAUUUAGUAGAGUAGAUUAUUAUUUUCUUGAUUAUACAAAAUAUUAGGUUGUUUUGUCUCGGUGGACGCUGAUGUGGAAAAACUGAAUUACUACACUGCCCAACGAGAAGGAAGUGGUGGAAUAUACCGGCGAACGGGCGAAAGUCAAUUUCAUCGUCUAGAUUUGCCAAGGAUCAGUUGAUCAAGUACAGGAUGAAUUUGUAACACGUUUUGGGGAAAUCAAAUUAAAUGAAUGCUAUGCUUCUGUAA